AUGGGCAAGGCUUCUAAUGUUGUAUUUGAUCCUCUUCACAACAGCUGUUGUGAUUUGGAUAUUGAGAAAAACCCAGAACUGGAGAAUUUCAGAAGUAUUUUGGAGUUUAUGGGUCGUAUUCCCAUCCAGAAGGCAUUGACUAAACAAAGGCCUUUAUACAAAUCUCAUAUCGAGCGUUUCUGGAAGAAUGCAAGUUAUGACGAUCAAAGCAAAGUGAUUUCAUCAGUUGUUGAAGUUCAUGGCAAGUUAGAAAAGAUUUUAGUCACUGAAGCAUUGAUUCGUGAAGUCAUUAACUUUCCUGACGAGCCAGCUUAUCCAACGAGAUUUCCAGAAAGAAUGGUGAAAGGGUGUAUGUUGAGAAUGGGAUAUACUGGAGCUUUAAAUGCCGGAAACUAUUUAAAGUCAAAGUUUCAGAAACCUUACAAGUUUUUGAUUCACUGUGUACUGAUUUCAUUAAGUCAUGCUAAAGGAGGAUUUGAUGCAAUGCGCGAUUACCAAAUGAAUAUGAUUACGACAUUGGUGUUGAACAAAAAGUAUAAUUUCUCACAUAUAGUAUUCCACUAUAUGGCUGAGAAUAGCAAGUCAGAUCUCAAGACCUGGAUGUAUCCAAGGUUUGUACAGAUGUUGAUUGACCAUGCGUAUCCAGAGAUUGAUCGAGAUAUUAAAGAUGAUUUGUUGGUGCAAUCUCACAUAACCAAUAAUACACUGAAGCAGCUUGUGAAAUAUCAUCCGAAUCACCCAGAGCCAACACUUGUUGUCGAGCCUUUCGGUUUUAUUAAAGAUGUUAAAUAUGUUGAUCCAGAUCCAGUUAAUCAUCAGAACUGGAGAAAUGAAGUUGAAAUGAAAGAAGCAAGAUAUGCUGACGAGCUGAAAAUUCUUAAAGAUUUCAAAACUACUAAAAAUGAGUGGUAUGUGAAAGAAACCGGAAGAAGAUGUAGAAUGGCAACUCCUAUUGUUCGAGAAGGUGAAGGAUCUUCUUCGCAGCCUAAGAAGAAACAAAAGAAAGCUGCUCAAACAUUGUUAAUAGAUGAACCUGAAGAAGAUAAUCCUGUGGUUGCUGUUGAGAAAGAACAAGUUGUAACUGCUGAAGACGAUCCAUUUAAUGUUGAUCAAUUGUUUGAUACAGAUGUCUUGGAAACAAGGCCAGAAAUUGUUGCUGAUGUUAAUAAAGUGGUAAAUGUUGAAAGUCAGAAAGAGAAAAAGAAGAUUGUUGAAGAUGUUGAGGGAUAUGAUGUGAACAAAGAUACUACAAGCUCCUCGGAUUCUUCAGAUGAAGAAGUUGUUGAUGAGACUGAACGUUUACGAAGGAUUCAGGAGGAAACAGAAAAAGAAAAGUUGUUAAGAAAAAGAAAGAGACAAGAAAAAGACGAUGAUGAUGUGUAUGUUCCAUCUCCAGAGCAUUUCUCCGAGUCACAAUCUCCUCCUCGUGGGAGAAAGAAAGCUGGAGCUCGUAAGAAAGUUGUUUCUCCAAAGUUAUGCAAAGUCACUCCAAAGAUCAAGAGUUCAAAGAUUGUGUUAAAGAAGAAACAAACAAAAGAAUCCAAGAAACCAUCUACUCCACCACAUGAUCCAACACCACCACAAUCACCAAUCCAAUCUCCACCCCUACAACCUACUCCACCACAACAAUCCUCACCACCUAAACAACCAUCACCACUACAUCAUUCACCACCACCACAACAACCCUUUCUCACCUCAUAA